CUUUCCAGGUGUUCAUUCUGCCAGUCAAAUCUGCUGGACAGGAGCCACAGUCCACAAGGAACCAACUGAAUGCUGAGCUUCCCAGGACAGGACCCAUUAUAAACUCAUCCUACUGUUAAAACAGCAUGCAUGAUCAAACGUAUCUAAAGGCUUCAGUUACAUCAUUUAUUCUUCUCAUCCCAUUUUUUGAGAUAAGAGGCUUCAUGCAGUGACGACUUUCCAUACCACUUGGCACCUUUAGAAAGCAUAGCUGUGGGUAGUGGGAUUCUACUCUUGCUCUCUGAUUCCUCUAUGAUGCCCAAGAUGCCCUCCCUGGUACAUGGAAUAGACUGGGGCAGCCGUGGAGAUGCAGCAAAUGGAGCUUGUCUCCUCUCACACCUUCUUUUGUAGGUUUAUCCAUGUGUCAGAAUGCCUGGGUCAAAGAGAAAGAACUACAAACAACUUAGAUUCAGCAGCGAUCCAAGGUUGUCAGGUUUGAAGCAAGGAUUAAACAACAUGCUGCACGCAAAGUGCCCGACAAAUGCCUGGCUCAAACGGAGUCCUAACAAAUGUUCCUCCCUUGGACCUUUCUUGGUGUUGAAAGACAGUGACAUGCAUUGAGUACUCUGCUGUUUCUUCCCCUGGUAUCUGAAGGAUCAUUCGAAUUUGAUGGAGACUAAAACUACAGAUAGAUGCAUAAAGUGACUCCUGUGGAGGAAUGGGAGAAGCCUUCUUAAUAUUAGACCCUUGAAAAACAGGAUGCAGAAAUCGUUUUGCUAUAUUCCCAUUGUGAGCAGUGUGACCCUGUGGGAGAGAGGCUCCCCUCAUACAAAUAAAUUGUUCACCUCGCCAAAGCCACAGCAGAAACAAGAGAUGGAGUGCUGUUUCAGUCUGCUUCAUGAAUCUCUUGAACAAUCCAGCCUACACUGCAGGGGCUACGCUUUGGGUCCUGCUAGCAACCGGCACCACAAACUGUUCUGCAAUGACUUCGUGACUGGAGAUCAAAGGCUCAAGUUACAGCCUAUCCCUCGUUGUAAAACCACAGCUUUGCCUUGCUCCAGAUUCCUUACUCACAUGAAGAAUUUUUCCUCAUCACAUAGAACGGAUAAAUUACAUUUUCUGCCAUUUCCAGGAUCUAUAGGGACUCAUAGCUCAAUGACAGGUAAAAGACUACUUUGCGUUCACCAGUACACAAUCCCCAAGUUUCCUGCGAGCACUAUUUCUCUCGAUGAAGAAAUUGGUGGAGAAACCCGUCCUUCUCUGUCACCAUCCAGUGAAAUGGAGGAAGAUGAUCUGCUCUUUACUAUCAAUGAAGAGCAGAAGCCACCUAGACGACUAUCCAAGCAGACCUGGAUCAGCCCAUUUCUGGAAAUGCAAGCUGCCAGUAAGCUUCUUAAAAAAUCACAGUCAGUGAAUACCAUUUCUCUGGAAGCUGCAGGUAGACAAAUACCACUUCAGAACCAUCCCUUGGGCAACUCCAAGGGAGAUUCUGGUCCUGUGAUGAGACCUUUUACCGCCAUUGGCCUCUGCAGAAGUGUCAGUCAGAACUCCUCUUCUCAGCCAAUCAGCUGUAAGAUUUCCGAAACUGUGCAACAGGAUAAAGCUGCAGCUUCUGGAUCCCCAACACAAACAGAUUCCCUAACCGUGUGCGGAAGUGCAUUAGGAAGAGGCACGGUUGCCAUAACACCGGAGACGCCCCUCAAGCAUCCUCAUCUGCCCACUGAACGGAGGCCAAAGGCAACUAUCUCUUUCCCUGCCCGUGUGGUCAAAGAGCCCCUGCCUCUGCUCGUGGGCUCUUCUACCCGUUUAUUUUCCAAGAAGUUAAUGAAGGCUUGCUCUUCAGCGGCCCCGCGCCCACCCCGGGAUUUCCGUAAGGCUUGUUCACAGAGUCUUUCGAAGCCCGUGGUGAAUACUCACACAUACUGCUGAGAAGGAAUUGUUCUGCUAGCUCUGCCCAUCUUUCAAUCAAUGCCUGCCUAGAACAACAGAAAGGGCCUCAGAUGUAUUGGUUUCCACAGAACCAUUGUUACUCUUUGUGAAGCAUUUUUGAACCUAAUAAAUAAUGUUAAAAGUCUC